AUGGAUGACAUCCAAGUUGGCAACUCUUCCACUGAGAUACAGCCGAGUGACUUUCAAAUAGACGUGGGUACUUACGUGUACCGUGUGAUGAGCACCGUUACUAUUCUGUUGCUCGGAGUGCCUGGAAACUCUCUCAUUCUCCGCGUGUAUUGGUCAAAGGCGAUCACGACAAGCACACACAUUCUGGUCAUGUCGUUGGCUCUGAUGGAUCUCGCCAUCUGUUUAUGUCAGGUCUCUGAUCUUUUGUCCGAUGUUGCGCAAAUAACUGGUCAAAUAAAUAAGCACAUCAUGUUUGAGAUAAUGGGAUGGAUUGAGGACACCUGCAUUAGUUCUUCUGUUGGUCUCACCGUAAUCAUUGCACUGGAUCGUUACGACUGUAUCUGCCGUCCGCAACGGCGAUUUUUUAAUGCGACAAGAGGAAAGGCGGCAGCUUUCAUUUCAUUUCUGGUCGCUUUAUCUUCAACAACUCCAAAAUUCAUCAAGGUAUUUAUGAACACUGACCUUCCCACAUUGGAACAAGUAACGUUGGGAACUUAUCUAGCCUAUUUAUUAAUUGCAUUUGUGGUCAUCAUCAUUUCUUAUUCUAGGGUCUACAUGACAAUCCGAAAGCAUGUCAAAAUUGGUUUGCCGUCCAAGAUGGCCAAAGCCGAUGUUAGCCCUCCGAAGAUCGACCAACAACCAAACCCUAACCAACAAACAAACCCUGCUAUAACUGCUGCACCAAUAAAACCAGAACCAGCUUUACUAACUGUUCCUGACAAAUCGGGCAAUAUGUCACUUCAGAAGAUAUCAGUAGCAUCUAUUUCUACCUCCUUGGUAACAUCAUCAUCGACAAGCGAAACUAACAAGGCGGCCUCAGAGGGUAGCAGUGAGAACAACGUCCACCCCACUACGUCACAGAUGGGCACGAGUGGGUCCAAAGUUUCAGAUCAAGCGCACCGUGACAACAGAGGGCGUCGUGUGAAAACAACUGAUGCCCCUUCUCUGCAGCGGAAGACCACCAGAAUGUUGUUGAUUACCAGUGUGGUGUUAAUGGUGACCUGGCUGCCAUAUUGUGUUUACCUCUGUGUCUAUAUUGCUGGCCUUAAUGGGUUGAGUACCAGCCCAAUAAUCGUAGAUAUACUAAGUCAGUUUUUUUCUGUUUUGUACGUGAACAAUUUCUGUAACCCCAUUAUUUAUGGACUUGCAAAUAGACGGUUUCGAAAAGACUGUGUGGAACUGCUACGCAAUCUUCACAUUUGUUAGAUUUGAAUAACCAUAACAUAUCACCUUAUUAUAGAGCCAUAACAUAUAAAUUCAUCAUAUAGCCACAUAUAUAACUAUAACAUAUAAACGUUAUAUACGUGAAAAUGUAUUGUAAACCUAUUAUUUACGGUCUUGCAAAUACACAAUUUCGAAAAUGUUAUGUGGCAUUGCUAAAUGCAAUCUUCACAUUGGAUUUGAAUAACCUAACAUAGCCAUAAUAUAGUGACCUGUGACAUCACAUGUUUACAAAAGAGCCACAGA